UGGAGCUCGGCGUAGGACGGCUCAGGAGGUUGACCAGGGAUGGGUGCAGCCCACAAGCACUAGAAUCUCAGAACAUCACGGUUAAAAUGCAAGUUAUUGAACUUCUCUGUGCUGUGUGCGCAUAUUCUUCGAAAGGACAUGAAAUGGCUCUUCAUGCUCUACGGCACUUCAAGGUUACUUGUGAUCAGAAGCAUGGGUUUGACAUAAUAGUGAGUGAACUUCGUAACACAAAAAAUGUUGAAUAUCAGACAAGGCUGCUUUCUUUCAUCAACUGCCUAACACUGGGCUGCCACAAUGUCCACAAGCGUGUGCAGAUCAGGAAUGAAUUACUUGGUCGUGGGCUUGGACCAAUCCUGAGUUCACUAAGUGCAACUGAUGAUAAGGAGCUACAGAUGCAAGUUUCAGCAUUCAUUGAUUACCAACACAGAGAUGAGAUGGAAUUAGAAUCAACAAAACAACUAACUCAUCAUCAGUUGUUUGAAGUAAUAUUCAAAAAGAUAGCAGAUACACCACAUGCUGUCAGGUUCCACUCCAUGCUACAAAAGCUUGCACAGCUAGAUCCAACAAAUCCAAAUGUGGACAGUGUGUGGGAAGCACUUGACUCACUUUCAUCUGAAGCUAUAAAACCUGGGUUUUCUAUCCACAAAAACCCAGCACACACUCAAAAAUAUCAUGAAAGAAGAGCUGACAGUAUUAACAAAACACAUUCUUUUGAUAUCCUUAAUAAAAGCACAGUGUCUACACAGACCGAGGUGGAAUAUACCAGAGAAGUAAAGCAACUUUGUGAUAAUGACAAACAGCAUCAGUUGUCACCAUCAGAAGCAAAACUUUCAUUCCCAGCACCACCUCCUCUUCCUCCUCCUCCACCUUGUCUGCCACUGCCACUUAUUUCAGUGGUGUCAUCAGCUAUUCCAUCAGCUUCAGGGGUGCUAUCACCUUCAUCACUUGCAGGUUACAGUUCUCAACAAAAAAAUUAUGUACCUUCACCUCCUCCAAUUCCCAAUAGUGACAGCUUUGAAACACUGAUGUUACAUAGGAGACAUUCACUUCCAGCACAUUUACCAGAUUCUGCAAGUUUGUGGACACCAGUAAAGGACAAGUCUAACACACUACCACUGCCCAAGCGGAAGAUGAAAACCCUAAGCUGGACAAAGAUUCCAGUCUCUAUGAUAGGUGAAUCAGUAUGGACUGAAAUGCAGAGCGAAGCAAAGAGUCUUAGAGUUGAUUUCAAGCAAAUGGAAGAACUGUUCUGUCAGAAAACUGCUACUGUGCAACGUCAAAAGUCUUCUCCAGUAACACUUCCAGCACCAAUAACUCCCAAGAUCACUUUACUGGAAACCAAGAGAGAUCUGGCAGUAAACAUUUAUCUAAAACAGUUCAGAUUGGGAGGGAAAGCAGUCAUAGAAGUUAUAAAGAACCUUAAAGGAGGUGAUAUAGGUCCUGAGAAACUGAAAGCUCUCUUGCCACUACUUCCCACAGAAAAAGAGCUGACUUCAGUCAGAUCCUAUUCUGGAGAUCUGGAUCGUUUAGGAGAGGCAGAGAAAUUUUAUCUUCAGCUAUCAGAAGUACCUUCCUUUGUCCUCAGGAUUAGGGCAAUGUUGCUUAAAGAAGAGUUUCCUUUAAGAACAUCUGAACUGAGAGAACAACUAAAUGCCGUUGCAGAUGCAUGCAAUAAGCUGAAGGCUAAUAAAUGUUUGAAAGAAUUUCUAGCACUAGUACUUCAACUUGGAAACUACAUAAAUGCUGGAAGCUAUGCGGGUAAUGCAGCUGGCUUUACACUCAGCACACUACCAAAGCUCCUAGAAAUAAAAGCAAACAAACCAAGGCUGACAUUCUUGCACUAUGUGGUAGAAGUUGCAGAAGCUAACAAUAAGGAAAUAUUACAAUUCACAGAAGAUAUGAGUAACAUGAAAGAAAUGGCAAGGAUAUCAGUGGAGCUGCUCCAGGAAGAAGUGAUGAAACUUAUUAGUGAUGUCAAACAUGUUGCAUCACAGCUGAAGGAAGAUACAAGUGGAAUCAGGGUGCAGUUCAAAGAUUUCUUUAAGGCUGCUUUGAAAUGCAGUAAUGAACUUCAGCAGGCUAUGAAUAAGGUGAAGGCUUGUACUCAUGCUUUAGCCAAACAUUUCUGUGAAGAUCCUAAGAAAUUCAAGCCAGAAGAAUGUUUCCAUUUGUUUGCCGAGUUUUUUACCAUAAUUCAGAGAGUUCGACUGGAAAAUGAAGAGAAAAGGAAAUCAGAACAACAGCAAAUUCAAGAGCAGAUGGAAACAAACAAACUAACUGCAAAUGGAGGUAGAGGCAGAAAAAAGUUUUCACCACAUCGACAAUAUACUGCAGCUAAACAGAUUUUAAGGGAUAUUUGCAGUAAAAAUUUCAAAUUACGUCUAACUGAAGCUCAGUACUGAAAAUUUAGUGCUAUGAAGUGGAAAUUUGUACUGAAUCAUUGUGAAAUAUGAUGUGUGAAUUAAUCUCAUAAGUAU